GUCUCAAUCUCAUCUCCUUCCCCAAUUUAACAACAACGACGAUGUCUUCCUCUCUCUAACUAAUUGCUUCCAUCGCCGAUCUCUUUCCCUUCCGGUCCGCCAUGAUCCGACCUUCCUCCCUUCUCACUCUCCUCUCGUUUCUCUUCCUCUUCUCCAUCCUCCUGCAAUCCGCUUUCUCCGAUUCCCAAUUCGAAGGAUUCGACGCCGAUGAAGACGAUGUCGCGGAGGAGCCGCUCGACCCUUCUUCUUUUAAGCUCGUCGAUCUUCCCUUGACGGUGACCGACUCUGCUUCCUCCACUCCAGAUUCGAAUCAGCCGGAUUCAACUCCUUCUGCUACUACUGAUUCGGAUGCUUCCGAACCCAAAUCCGAUUCGUCAACUCCAGCUGCUACUACGAGUUCUAGCUUCAACGAGUGGGAUGAAGACGAGUUUGAAGGUCUGCCGAAUGAGAAACCACCGGCUGCGGGUACUCCGAUGACUCCACAGUCUGACGAGAAGGAAAUCGCAGAUCCGAAUUUGAAGCAGCAGGGCGAGAGUGUUCCCAAGAGGAAGCAGUCGUUUACCGUGGAGAUAGUGUGCGUCUCGUUCUUGAUUAUGUUCGUUAUCAACUACUUCACAGGGAAGCGGGAGAACGAGAACAUUGCCCUGGCGUGGGCGGCGAAGUUCGCUACCAAGGAUUCCAUUUUCGAGAAGAAUUUCAGCCUGUUGGGUGUUGGGGAAGGGGACGAUUCGCCGUUGUUAUUGAAAGAAGGCCAGAAUGUGUUCAAGUUCUACGCCAGCGGGAGGAGGUUUUGCCAGGGGUUGUUGGCCACGAUGGAGCUGAAGAGCAGGCACGAUUUGAUUGCCAAGAUGUACAACAUGGUGGUGCCUUGUAAGGAUGAGAUCACUUUUCAGGUGCAGAUGAAUGAUAAUGCCAUGGACCAUGUGAUUUUUGCACUGGCGAAGAAGAAAGCUGCCAAAACUAUGCUGAAGGAGGUUCGGGACUUGCAGAGGUUUGCUGUGCUUGUUCCUCAACCAGCCAAUGGGAAGAGGUGGGUGCCCAAGGAAUUGGGAGUUGUUUCGGAGUCUAAGGAGGUUGCUGGGGACUUGAUCACUGACGCUGUGCUUGAACAGGUGUUUGGAGAAAAAGCUUUUGAGAAGUUCGGGAAGGGCUUCAUCUCAAUGCAUUUCUCUGAUCAACACCCUGGUGCACACAGGAAGAUGCUUUUGUUCAAGUUUGCCCUGCCCGACGCUAGCAACAUGGCUGAUAUGACCAGAUUGGUAGCAUUGGUACCCUACUACAUUGAUCUGAUAGGCCGAUACAAGUUGAGUUCACAGGCUCGGUCUAAGACAGAGGCAGCUAGAAACAAAAUUGCACAAGAAGCAUUCAGAGAACUUCAAAAUGCGAGACAAGAAGAGCUGCUGAGAAAGAAGGCCGAGAAGAAAGAGGAAGCUGAAGCAAGCCUGAGCGCGGAGGCAUUACGAAGGAAACAAGCAAAAGAUCGUGCUCGUCAGAUGAAGAAAGCAAUGCCAAAGAUCAAGAUGUCGCGCAGAUGAAUCAAUCAUCUGACGAAGAUCAUGCUACGCAUUGGCAUUCGCAUUCACAUCCAAAUUCAAAUUCGCUUUCGAACUUGUUGAAAAUCUAAUGGUCAUGUAUUGUGGCCACGCCUCUACCACAGGUUUUGCUGCCUGAAUCCUUUUACGUUAGAAACGUUGAAGCCUUUUGAUAUUAUCCAUUUGGUCUUGGAUAGCACUUUUAGAACACUUCUCCCCGCAGUUGAGGAAAAAAUAUAUGAGGUUGGCCAACAUCUGAAUGGGUGGAAAACAAUAUAUAUGGGGUUCUGUUAUCUUAUGAGUAAAUGACACAUUUGGUCACUGAGAUUA